AUGCAAUUUCACAAAAACCAGUCACUUACUAAGAACUUAAUUAAAUGCCAUGAAAAGCAAAAUCCUGGAAUGAUAUUCAAGAUAGAGAAGGUAUGCAGUGAAGAUCAGUCAGAUGCUAUUAAUAAAUAAUAAGUUAGAUCUGGCAAUCUCUAGCACAUAAAUGGAUAUGUCCCAUCAUCAAGCUCUGGUGAAGCAUGUAAUCGCAAAUUAAUUAAGUUUAAUAAUAACAAACAGGAAAACCUUUAGCAAAGUUAAUUGUAGUUUGAAAUGUUUUCUGAGACUUCAAAAGAAGCGUCAUUUAAUUAAAAUUUCAAGUCUUAACAUGAAUGA